GUGGGUUCGUUCAUCUUCUUCCGCCGAUUUCUUCACUCAGCUCUUCUCUUCUUCUUCUUCUUGUUGUGGUCUUUUUGAUACUUGAACAUUGUAAAACGACACCGUUAGCACCAUGUUUGAUGAAAGCAAGUUCGAUGUCAAUCUCAAGCUCUGGGCUCUUCGAAUUCCCCGGGAACUCUGUAAAAGCGCAACUCGCAUUCUCAAUGGAUACAUGCUCAACAUGCCACGAAUUAAGCCCAUCACUGAAGAUCCUACCUGUGAAAAGACUCGUUUGGUGAUAUUGUCCGAAAGUGUUAAAAAUACUGAUUUGUCGGAGAUACCCGAGGAAAAACUAAACCAGCUUAAGAAACUUAGUGAACUUGAAGUUGUUCCUCAUUCGGUUACUCUUGGGUAUUCCUAUUGGAGUGCAGGUCAUAUUGCCCACUUAAAUCUACAUGAUGAGCUCCUUCCAUUCAAAGAUGUUAUAGCAAAGGUUAUCUACGAUAAAAAUUAUCCAAGGAUCAAGACAAUUGUUAAUAAAGUCGGGACUAUCAGUAAUGAGUUUCGAGUGCCAAAGUUUGAAGUGUUAGCUGGAGAAAAUGGGAUGGAAACAGAAGUAAAGCAAUAUGGGGCUAGAUUUAAGCUGGACUAUGGCUUGGUUUAUUGGAAUUCAAGAUUGGAGCAUGAGCACAUGCGGCUUUCAUCUUUGUUUAAACCUGGAGAAACCGUAUGUGAUAUGUUUGCUGGUAUUGGGCCUUUUGCUAUUCCAGCUGCACAAAAAGGAUGCUUUGUGUAUGCAAAUGAUUUAAAUCCAGACAGUACUCGGUACUUGAAGAUCAAUGCAAAGUUCAAUAAGGUUGAUGAUUUGAUUUGUGUGCACAAUAUGGAUGCUCGUAAAUUCUUCUCUCAGUUGAUGACGGUGUCAACUUGUGAGGGUAAUUUGCAAUCAGUGGCUGAUGAGAAAACAAAGGAAGCAGUCGUGAGUCAAGGAGCUGAGACUAAUCUUGAAGAUAAAAAUGCUGGAAUUAGCAAAGUGGAAAUACGUGAAUCCAAUGCAAGCAUAAAUGAACCUCUUGGUGCAAAUAAGAAGCCAUCUGGUAUUACCGAGGCAGAAAAUGGGGUAGGAAAAGACUGCAAGAGCAUAGAAGGACACGCAAAUAAGAGGUUGAGACAAACGCUGCUUCCAAUCGCAAAGCCGUGGGAACAUAUAGACCAUAUUAUUAUGAACCUUCCAGCUUCUGCCUUGCAGUUUCUCGAUUCUUUCAGUAAUGUUAUUCAAAAGAAGUAUUGGAAAGGACCUCUUCCCUUAAUUCAUUGCUAUUGUUUCAUCCGUGCAAGCGAAACCACAGAGUUUAUAAUUGCAGAAGCUGAAACUGCUUUGAAGUUCCAUAUAGAAGAUCCAGUCUUCCACAAGGUUAGAGAUGUAGCUCCAAACAAGGCUAUGUUUUGCCUAAGCUUUAGACUACCUGAAGCAUGCUUGAAGCAAGAAGACUAAAAGACAUUUCUAGGAAAGAAAAAAGAAACAAAAACGCAUUUGAAAUCUCUUCUUUUUGCUUUUGGUAUUGUUUGUUGAUUCCAUGGCACAUAGAGUCACUUAAAUUUGCUCAAUAGUAUUAACAGAAGCUGAAGACUUUGAUAAAGUUGAUGAAAGCAUAUAAGAAAGAUAAGAAUAUGCC